CGGCGCGGAACGAGGCGGCACCGGACGGAGCGGGCGCGGAACCGGGGGGGGCCCGGCGGGGCCGCGGCCAUGGCCGAGCCCGGAGAAGCGCUGGGGCCGCUGAAAACCGAACCGCAGCCCCCGGAAAAGCGGCGGAGGACGAUCGAGGACUUCAAUAAGUUCUGCAGCUUCGUGCUGGCCUACGCCGGCUACAUCCCGGCGGCCGCCGAGGACCCCCCCUGGCCCUCAUCGGGCCCCAGCUCUCCCCGCCCGGCCGCGGGGGACGCGUGGGGCUCGGCCCCGGCCGCCCUGCGAACCAUCGAGACCUUCGUCCGCAAAGCCAAAUCCUCCAAGAAACGCGCCCUGGCCCCCCCGGAAUCCGCAAUUUUGGACAAAAUGCGCCUCAAAGACUCCCUGUUCGACCUCCCCCCUGCCCAGAACACGGCGGGGCCGCCCCCCCCUCAGAAGCGGCGGGAGCGGCGGAACCGCCGGGGGGCGGAGCCGGGAGCGCUCGGGGGCGGCGCCUCCCGCGGCGGCCGCGAGAAUUCGCGGAUCCGGGUGAAAAAGAGCAAAAAGCGGCGCUGGAAAAAGGGGGACAGGGGCGUGCUGGGCAGGGGCUCCCCCAGCGAGGAGACGGAUUCCGAGGAGGAGCCGCCGUCCCCGCCGCCGCCGCCGCCGCCGCCGCCGCCGCUGCCGCCCGAGGGCGGCAAACUGGGGGUGCUGGGGGGGCCCGGGGCGGUGCUGGCGGUGGGCAAGGAAGGCGGGAGCACCGAGACCAGCAGGGACGGCGACGGCAGCGACAGCGACGCGCGGGUCAUGGACGAGGACAUCAUGGUGGAGUCGGGUGACGAUUCGUGGGAUUUGAUCACCUGCUACUGCCAAAAACCUUUUGCUGGCCGGCCCAUGAUCGAGUGCAGCCAAUGUGGCACCUGGAUCCACCUGUCCUGCGCCAAGGUGAAGAAAAACAACGUCCCCGACGUCUUCUAUUGCCAAAAAUGCCGUGAGGGUCCUCGCAGGGCCACCCCCGCCACCCCCCGGGCCACGGGCGACUCCUAAACCCCCCAAAAAAUGGAAAUUUUGGGGCUCCCCAGCCAGGGUUUGUGCUCAAAAUCGGAAAUUUUGGGGUUGCCGCCUUCCCUGGAGGUGUGGGGUUGGAAGGUUUGGAGGUUCCUUCCCCUAAAAAUGAGAAGUUUGUUCCAACCCCAGUUGUCAAAAUUUGGAGUUUUGCGGGGUUGGAUGUCGCCCUGGAAUUGUGAGGUUCCCACAGAUUUUGUUGGAGAUUUUGGGGUUUGUGGCUCUCCCCUGGAAUUGUGAGGUUUGAGGGUUGGAAGGUGCCCCAAAAUUGGAGAUUUUGGGGGUUUGGAACCUCCCCUAACCCCCUCCCCAAAUUGUGAGGGUUUGUAAAAGCCCUGAAAUUGUGAGAUUUUGGGUCCAGCUCCCUCAAAAAUGGGGAGGUUUGGGGGGACUUUUACCCACUCCCCCAUAAGUUGUGGGGUUUUGGGGUUCUGGUUAAAAUUUGGGGGGGGUUUUGGGGUCCCUCAUCUGCAGGACAGGAGGGUUUUGGGGUCCCGUUUUGGGGUACAGGAUUUGGGGGGCUCUUACCCCAAAUCAUGAGUUGUUUUGGGUCUCCCACCCCCAAGAUGGGAAGAUUUUGGGGGGGGGGGAGUUCCCUCACCCCAAAUUAAGACUGGGGGAGCCCCCCUUAAAUAGGGGAGGUUUGGGGGGUCCCCUACCCCAAAUUAUGAGAUUUUGGGGUCCCCCACCCCCAGGAAAGGAGGGUUUGGGGGUCCUUCACCCCAGAGAAAAAGAUUUUGGGGAGUCCCCCUAAAAUAGGGGGAUUUUGGGGGUGUUCUUUGCCCCAAAUCAUGAGAAUUUGGGGUGUCCCACCCCCCAGAAAAGGAGAAUUUGGGGGCCCCACACCCCCAAGUAAGAUUUGGGGAAAACUCCCCUAGAAGAGGAGGUUUUGGGGUCCCCUACCCCAAAAUAAGAGCGUUUUGGGGUUCCCUGCCCCAUGUUAUGAGGUUUUGGGGUCCCAGUUAAAAUUUUGGGGACCCCACUAAGUUCAAGGGGUUUUGGGGUUUUUUAUCCCCCCCCAGGGCACGAAGUUUGGGGGUCCUGUACCCCAAUUCAUGAGGUUUUGGGGUGAUCUCAAGCCCUGAAUUGGGGAGGGGGAUUUGGGGGUCCCUCUCCCCAAACUCUGAGGUUUUGGAAACAAGUUUUUUCAUGUGUGUUAUUUUUCUAAACGUUCCCUGCACCCCCACUUUUUUGGGGGGGGCGUCCCCCAAGUUUCUGGGGGUGUUUCGAGCAUUUUUGCAGGGGGGCACCCCCAAAACAAGAAGGGUCUGUCCCAGUUUGGGGGGAGUUUAAGGGGGGGAUUUGGGGGAUUCCCCCCCUAAACCUCCCUCAGUUGGAAUUUGGGGGGCGCCCCCCUCCCACCUUUUAUUCCUUUCCCCUCUUUGUUUGAAGGAUAAUAUUUUGGAUUUUGGGGGGCUGCAGCCCCUCCCGUUGUAAAUAAACAGCGCCGUUGCUUCGU